AACAAUUCUAAAAUAGGAACAAAUCAAAAAUAGAAAUAAAGCAGCAUCAGAGAGUAAGAAAAAUAUACAGAUGACCGUGAAGAUAAAAAAUCUAUUAACUGUCUGACAAAUAAAAACACUAUUGAAGUGCUUUUGGAUUAUUGUAAAAAGUAACCUUGUUGAAGUGUAUAUGUAUUCAUGAUACUUCUGUUCAGCCAGAUAAUCUUCACAAACACUUUAAAGAGGCCCUGUUAUGCUUUCUGGGGUUUUCUCUUUCCUGUGUUUUAGAGCAUGUAAAUGGUCUGCAAAGGCUAAAAUCCCUGUGUAUCCAGAGGGAGUUUAUCUCCCACACAAAGGCUUGUAUAUGUACAUUUCCCGAAAAUGGCAUUUGAUAGUAAGGAGUUAUAACUGUGAUACUUGUUUGGAGAGCUUCUUCGACUGUGGCUGCAUCAAAUACUCCCUUUUCCAUGGAAAUCCUCCUGUUGUAUGCAGGUCUAUCUCAGGGGGAUCAAAUAACCUCAGUGUUGUCGUGGGUUGAGAGAAGUGAACUCUCACUCUGUCUCUGUUUCCAGGUACCAAGAGGAAAUAAUAUGUAUGUUGAAAAUGCAUGUAGCUUAUUUGAUACUGCAGUUAUUUAAGGUAAUAUUCUGUAUUUAAUUGCAUUUUAUGAUGCAAUACGUUAUAAUUAAUUGUAUAUUUUUGUCAAAGGUUCAAUAGAUAUUUAAAUUUCCAAAAAGUAUUAUUUGUUCUGCUCACUUUUUGAUGGUUUUGGCUUCAGGGGUAAGAAGAGUAAAAGGUAGGGGGAAAAAAGUUUUUGUAUUUUCUCAUUUGUAAGUAUACAGUAAGGGAGGCAACUUUAUAAUCCAUUUGUUGGCUCCUAACUUUUCUACAAGUAACACUAGUUUACAAUAUUACUGCAUCUGCUAUUACGUUUUAUGUCUGAGCAAAACAUGGGAAACAGAUAAGUCUAAAAGAUCUUUAAGCUUUAACUUGUUGAGAGAUAGUAACUCAUCUUCUCAAACACAACAUAUCUUUGACUCUCUACUUCUUCAGGUUUCCCGUUGCCAUGUAAACACAGCAUCAAACACUGACUGCUGCUACACCAUGGAUCAUUGACUGACUAAAAAGGUAAAAUACAUCUAAAUAAGAAACAUGUCUGGAGCAGAGCAUCGGGCUCUGAGGGAGCUGAACGUGCGGAGGGAGACGUGGUGUCGCGUGGAGGGGAACCCCCAUCAGGAGUGGGAGCGGCGCGAGAGGAGACACUACCGGAAACACCUGCGCAGCACCGCGGGACUCCUCAAGUCUCUGCCCGCAGGAGAGACCCGCAGCCCGGCCGGAAGAGAGGGAGCACCACCCUCUAAUCUACCGGAGAGGAGACACUUCGAGGAGAGCUGUGAAUACGUCGGCAUUUCCUGGAUGCAAAGUCAUCGACAAGGUCAUCAUAUGACAGCUGCUGUGCCAACUGUGCGUUGAUGCUUAUGAGAGCCAGGCCACUUAAGCGUUCUUGCCAAUGACGACCAGAGGUAAGUCUUCAUAAGCUUCAGUUUGGAAAAGCUUCUCUCAGCAGACACAACUGUAACAGGAAGAGUUACUGCAAUGCGGAGGGCAAUCCAGAGAUUUGGGUACAGUUCCUGUAAUUCACUUUUGUGGAGAAAUGACAACAUCUCCAGAGCAGUUUUUUGUAGUGGCAUCUUUGGGAGGUUGAUGAUCUUCUGGACCAAUGCAGACAAGAAAUCCAUCAUUCAAGCAGACUUAAGAUAUGUUUUGAUCUUAAUAGUGCACUACAGAAUGAAUAUAGUGAAAAUACUCGCUUCAAAAAGAUUAAAAUAUAAUUAAUGCAAAUAAACAACUUCUACUAAUAAUAAUAAUCAUAAUCGAGAAAUACUUCUUCGCUAAGGACGCUUUUUUUACUGAGAUACUUCUUUAGACGUAAUGCAUGGGGAGUACAGUGCUCGUG